AUGGGGUUUCCUUUCCAAAUAAUUGAUGUUGUAUGUGGCAAACAGAAUAAAUUGGGACGUUUUCGUGAUCCUCCUACUAGUACCCGGGAAGAAGAUUAUCAAAGCUAUUUUAUUGAGGCAUGUGCCAAACUGCCAGCUGCAUGCCUUUAUGUGGAAGAUACACAUCUUAUUCCAAUAUUAUGUACAAGAAAACCUGACUGUGUGGGAUUAGAAAAAGAUCAGAGAUUAGAUCCUCUCAAUGUUGAAAUUAUCUUCGAAAUCAAACCAAAGCAAACAGCAUACUUCUCUGAUGAAGAUGUGGGUAACAUAGCUUUCACAGAGAAACUGUUACAGCUGCAACCACAGUGA